UCUCAACAAUAAUAUUAAUACGUAUUUAGUUCAAGAUGGCAAUAUAUUUAGUUUUCUCGCUAUUUAUCGGUGUAUUGUAUUUCGCGUAUAUUUUUUUAUUUAAGAACCAGGACUACUGGAAAAACAGAAAUGUUCCCUUCGUAAAGCCCCUGCCAAUAUUUGGUAACUACAAGGAUUACCUUCUGUUGAAGAGACAUGUAACUGAUGUUAUGCAUGAAAUGUGCCAACGAUUUCCGAACGAGCCGUACGUUGGAUCAUUUUACGGUACGGAUCCUGCACUUAUUAUUAAAGACCCGAAUUUGUUAAAACUAGUUAUGUCCAAGGACUUCUACUACUUCAGCGGCAGAGAAGCCUCUGACCACAACGCUAAAGAGAUGCUUUCAAAACAUUUAUUCUUUGCCCAUGGUGACGAGUGGAAAGUACUGCGAACGAAUUUAACUCCGCUAUUUUCUUCCGCGAAACUGAAGAACAUGUUCUAUUUGAUAAAGAACUCUUCAGAUACAUUGGAGAGUUUGAUGGCUGAUGAAGUAAAAAAAAGUAGUACGAUUGAUACGAGGUUCCUGCUCUCGAGGUACACGAUCGAUUGCAUCACGGCAUGCGCUUUUGGAUUAAAUUCCGAUACGAUGAAAGAAGAUGUGCAAAAUAAUCCCUUCAAAAAAGUGGGUGAGCAAAUAUUUGAUGCAUCAAAUAACCAAGCCCGCAAAAACAUAUGCCGAGCAAUGUGGCCAGGAAUAUUUUAUGCGUUAGGAUUUAAACUGAUGCAUAAUGAUAUAGGCACGUUUUUUAAUAAUCUAAUUUCUGGAGUGUUCAAAAACCGCGAGGGUACCAAGACAUCGAAGAAUGACUUCAUCGAUCUGAUUUUGACUUGGAAAAGAAACAAUAAUAUAUCCGGUGAUAGUAUGAGCAACGCGUACAAUGGUGAUAAACAGACAGUAAGCAUCGAUGUUGACGACAGUUUGCUGGUAGCUCAAUGCUUGCUAUUCUUUGCCGCCGGAUUUGAAACGACGUCGUCGACCAUGAGUUUUCUUCUAUAUGAAUUGGCGAAACACAAGCCUGUUCAGGAAAAGGUAAUAGGAGAGGUAGACGACUAUUUCUCUAAACACAAGACAAUUGAAUACGAGUGCAUUAAUACAAUGCCGUACACUGAAGCAUGUGUGGAUGAAGCUCUUCGUCUGUACCCGCUGGUAGGUCUCCUAACCCGGGAAGUGAUGCACGAGUACACUCUGCCAACCGGGCUCCGUUUAAAACAAGGUGAUCGUGUCCACAUACCCGUGCACCACAUUCAUCACAAUCCCGACCAUUUUCCUGAGCCAGAAGUAUUUCGUCCAGAACGAUUCUUCGGAGAGGAGAAGAAAAACAUCAAGCCAUUUUCUUAUAUGCCAUUUGGCGAAGGACCCAGGACAUGUAUAGGUAUGAGGUUUGCCAAGAUGCCUAUCCAUGCAGCACUCUUGAAGAUAUUCAAGAAUUACCGAGUGGAACUUGGAGAGAACAUGUCACAUAAAAUAACUUUUAAUCCGAAUUCCGUUAUUAGUCAGCCCAUUGGUGGUAUCCAUAUAAAAUUUAUUCCAAGAAAUUCUUAAACAUUGUCAACUGUCUAGAAAAUACUGUUUGUAUAUGAAUAAAAGUGUUAUUAAUAUACUCCAGGCCCAAUUUCACAUCACUGUACAGAGGUAUUAUCCAUAAUUCAUUGUUUUCUUCAAAAUAACUUUUGUUUUUCUUUUAUUUAAGCAAAACAAAAUAAAAAAUUACAUAAGUAACGAGUGUUGAAAUUAUGUCAAUAGUAAAAUUAAAUUUUACAGUGGCGGACUUAACACUUUUUGUGCUAGGAAACUAUUAUAAAAUGCUGUUUCAUUGUUUUCAUCCCACCUUAUUUAGUUAAAUUUUCACUUCAGUUAAAUUAUAAUUAAAGUGAUGUAUCAUUUAGCGAACUAUCAUCAUCAUCAUCAUCAUCAUCAUCAUAUCAACCCAUUAUUGGCCCACUACAGGGCACAGAAAUCCUCCCGCAAUGAGAAGUGGUGAAGGCCAGAGUCCACAACACUUUCCUAGUGCUGGUUGGUGGACUUCACACCACAUUUUUCUCAGGUAUGAUGUUCCAAAAAUGUUUUCCUUCGCUGUUGAAACAAGUGAGUUUCUGAAUGCUUAAAAUGCACAUAACUAAGAAAAGUUGGAGGUGCAAUCCUACCUACUGGGCUAUCACCAGGUCCUAAUCCAGAGUUGAUCUUGAAGAGUGCUUUCCAUUCAUGUUUAAAUUUAAUUAUAAGCUUUCUUAUUUUCUGUUGGAUUAUUUUUGAUAACAAUAAUGUCAUCAAUUAAUCUCACAGAUCCUGACCCAAGUAUAUGGAGAAAAAAAUUUAAUAAAAUGUAAAUGGACACAAUAAAAUAAUUAUUUC